UAAAAUGAUUGGCUUGGGAAAAGUGCCUAUUAUUGCAAAUGCUACUGUCUGGCAACGCUACUAGUAUUCGAUCCGUCGUGGUUGCAUCACAGCUACUAUUCACUAAAGCUGACAAGAAAAUGGCGUUCUGGAAAUCUUUCGGACUUCCCGUUGUGAGGGCAGAUGACGAGGAAGCGGAAUUAGUUGACCCGCAAAGUGCGCUUAGAGAAUCUUGCCAAACUAAGGGUCACAUUGAAUCCUUGUACAACAAAUACCAGGAAUGCAAUGAUCGCGUGAACGGCCGCUCAAAAACAACAGAAACCUGUGUUGAGGAACUUUUCGACUAUGUCGCCGAGUUGGAUCAUUGUGUGGCGCACAGUCUUUUCAGCAAGCUGAAGUAGAUAAACAAUACAUAUACAUACUUAUGUAUUCAUUUUAAUGAGUAAAAUUGUUACUGCUAUCGGUUAACCAAUUUUUGUUUUGGUCGGUUGUACAUUAGGAAAUAUCUACUAAGCAAUAUAACCAUUUUUCGUUUAA